GCACAACCGUCGUCUGCCGACAGCAACUAACUGCAGUGCUCCUGCAAUAACCAGACGCGAUUGAUUAUCAGAUUUGUUUGUUGUAUUUGCACUGAUUUGCACCUUGCGACGCUGUCUCCCACGCUGUCCACGUCGGAAACGAGAUGGAUAUAUUACACUGCGACGUCGGAGGAAGGAAGAGAGACAAUCGCGAGUGCGGGAAGUGCACGUGAAACGAACAGACCAGUGUCAACGUGUCAAGUAUCAUAUGUGAUCUCCAUGUGAUCAUACGGUACUGUUUACCUGAUCGUCUACACGUGGUUUGGUACGAUGGCUUGUAAAAAUCUCUGCGCGAACAUCAUUAAGGAAGGUCGGAUACUAGACAGAUGUCUAAAAGCCGCUGCAGCUGGACGCGGUUACUCGAAAGAGGCGAGGACACCAUCGGAGGACGAUGAGAGGUCGACGCACUUCGGUUUUCAAACGGUUAAGGAGAGCGAGAAAGGAAAGGAAGUGUAUACCGUAUUUGAAAAUGUCGCCAAUUCUUACGACUUGAUGAACGACACGAUGAGUCUGGGUAUCCAUCGCAUCUGGAAAGAUAUGUUUAUGCAAGAAUUAGGACCUACGCACGGCACCCGUCUCCUGGACUCUGCCGGUGGCACGGGCGACAUUACGUUUCGGUAUAUAAAUUUUCUGAGGAACACGCCAAAUCCGCACAAUGUGCGUAGCCACGUAACUGUGUGUGACAUAAAUCAACAUAUGCUAGACGUUGGGAAGAAACGGGCGAGUAGACUAGGUUUAUCGCAGGACGCUAAUUGCGAUAUCACGUGGAAGCAAGAAGAUGCGGAGAAGCUUUCCUUCCCGGAUGAUUCUUUCUCCGCUUAUACCAUAGGGUUUGGUAUAAGGAAUGUGACGCGUAUUGACAAGGUGUUGUCCGAGGCAUACAGAGUAUUACAGCCGGGAGGGAGAUUUUUAUGCCUAGAAUUUAGUCAUAUCGAAAAUAAACCUUUACAAUGGUUGUACGAUCAAUAUUCCUUUCAAAUAAUACCUGUGAUGGGACAACUAAUCGCAGGACAGUGGAAACCUUAUCGAUAUCUUGUAGAGAGCAUAAGAAGAUUUCCAAAACAAGAGGAUUUUAAGAACAUGAUCGAAUUCGCAGGAUUCAGAAAUGUGACUUAUCAAAAUCUUACGUUCGGUAUGGUCGCUAUUCAUUCGGGAUUUAAACUAUAAGCAAGAUAUCUUUAGACCAAAGAAUUUUUUGAGACAAAAAUGCCUUACACCUAUAAUACAACACCACCAAACCACAAAUUAUGACAGCUGCGGUAAUUACGGCAAUAUCAAAGUACAAGUAAAAUAUGAUAAAACUUUGUCUUUUUCAGAAAAAUUGUAUAUUUCUAUUAGUAAUCAAAUACUGUUUCUAGUAUUAUUAAGUGUACGAUUAUUAGUAUUAUUAAGUAUACGAUCAUAUUGUAAAAAAUAAAUCAUGUUGCGUAAAUAUAUUACGCGAUUAUUGUUACAAUUUCGUGAUUGAUUUAUCGUCAUUUUGAUUGUAAUACGCAUACGAUGUCUCGUCAGUUUACUUUAUCAACAGUUGUUUUUUACAUUUCGCGCGAAAUUUCUUCGCGGUAUCGCAGAAAUACCGGUUAGGAACUCAUUUCUUUAUGCUAUUGUACAUUUCGGCCACCUGUCCGAGUGUGAAAUUUGCUUGCCUACUGCGUAAUCGCUUUACGCCUGCAAUCCACCGUAUUGCGUAAGAAUCGUGCGACUCCUGGGUGCCUCGAACACGAGGUGAUGCGACCGACGGUGCCUAUCGCGAUUUACGCUACUACGCAUUGCUGCGCGGGACGCUUCCGCGGAUCGCUCUUUCGUAAUUUCGUGGAUCUGGAGGAUGCGAAGAGGUACAAGUGAAAAUUCUGAGAGAGUUUAUACGCAUAAAACCGAAAACGAUUUUAACAAUUCUUGAGAUUGCUUCCUCUUUAAUUAGUUAUCGUUUAAUACUUGUCUUGGAAAAAUCUCACAGUUUUUCAGAGCUUGCCAUUUAUGCCUGCUCGCAUCUCCGAAUUAAGCCUAGACGAAAAUGCUAUUUGGGUCAUAAAUUUUUCAAGUAUAAAUGAUAUUAAUUAACUGACUUAAUUAACCGACUUAAUUACAAGUUGUAUUAAUGCUGUAAGAGUGAAUGACAACUAUCUCCUCCGCGCGCACAGCUGAGCCGCAGAACAUAUAUACAUAUUGGAAUGUUGAUUGGAUGAAGAACGUUGAGAGACGCGGGUGCUUUCUUCGAAAAACAUCGUGAAUUUGCAUAGUGCAAAUUGUAGUAUUCACCAGGAAUAUUACAAUUUUCAUAUGAAUCUGUUAUAUUGGAACGAUAAUUCGAAAAUAGUAUUAAUGUAUGUGAGAGAGAAA